AUGGAAACCAAUCAGCAACCCCUUAAGAAAACUGAACCAUUGUCUGUGGUUGUUGAAAGGCCAAAAACUUUGAAUGGAGAGUCAUCAAACGGCCCAGAUUUCGCAAUAACUGAAAAACGAAUAACACCCAGCGAAUUUUUGUUACAAUAUCCUCGAGGAGCGUAUACAACGGCGCGUACUGUCAACAGGAUAGCCAUUAUGGAUCUUCAAGGACACAUAAAUCGUACAUGUAAUUCCUUGAAAUUGAUAAAAUUCAAAAAAUUUGAAAAUUUAUCUAUUGAAGGAAAUCAAGAUGGAUCUAAUAAUAAUGUUUCAGAAGAGAUAAUUGAAGAAACAGAGCCAGAUUAUGUUUCACAGGAAAUGGCACCUUACAGGGAUCCGGAGUUAUUUAAAGAAUUAAUUAUCCCUUUAUUGAAGACUGGAUUAACAAAAUAUUUUGAGACUGAAGAAGAAACGCCAUGGCACAUUAAGGGUGUUGGUGAGGUCAAAGUUACAUGGAUUUUGUGUUAUUCUUUCAAAGAAUCACGUCCCAUAUUGGCAGCCCAUUUUACACCUUUACACGCAUCUAGUUCGUCCAAAUGCAGGGUAGAGGUAUACGGAGAACCUAGAAAAGUAGCUGAAGCAAAAGAUUCACAAUGGAUUCGGGACCGUAAAGAUCUUGAGGCUUCAAUACGACCUGGUUUCAACGAACUUUUACUUUCUGAUUCUAAUACUCACAAUAUUUACGAAGGUUUAAGUUCAAACUUUUUCGCUGUGAUGUAUAAUCCUGAUACACGUUUACCAAUAGUCGUAACGGCACCAUCGCAUUUUGUGCUCGAGGGAACGAUUAGAAAAAUUGUCACAAUGGUCUGCGAAAGGGAUGGAAUUGAUUUAAAGAAUUGGUUUCCAAAUCUAGAUGAUGUUGCUAAUUGGGAAGGAGCUUUUAUCACCAGUACAUCAAGAUUAGUUCUUCCAAUCGAAUUAAUUCAUUUUCGUGACGGGAGGUAUGUUAUUAAAGACAUUUCAGAAAUUCCUUCCCAUGAUACAAUAUUAUGA